AUGCUCAAACGCGAACGCAUCACGCAAUGGAAGGCUGAGAGGGAAGAAGCGGGGUCAAUACCGGAUGGCAUGCGCCGCGCGGACAUCAAGCUCAAAGUGCGACGUGCGAACGAGACGGAGUCGGAGAAGGAAAAAGACUUUGUGGAGAACGGUAAGAGUGAUGGUGGAAGGGCGAUUGCGAAGACCCGGAAUGCUUUGUUGGGCGUUAUCGCGCAUUCCAUCUCUGACGAUUCGGGCUCGGAGAAGCUACAAGAGUCGUCUGCAUUGGUUCAAAACAACAGAUCCUGGUCCAAAGAGGCUAUAAUCUCCCUAGUUGGCGUCUUCGCAGCAGUCAUCAGCUUCGUCAUCGGUCUCGCAUGGCCGAGAAUAAGCAGAUGGAUGCGCAACAUCAGCGGAAGUAUGCGUGACGGUAGUGCGCGACGCAGGAUGAGGAAUUUGGAAGACGAAGCGAGGAGAUACAAUGAGUGGCUGGAGUUCAACGAGUGGCGUGAGAUUAGGCGCACGGGUGCAUAA